GCCCCAGGGGGCAAUUAGCCAUGACCCUGGGGGCCCGCUCUGGUUGGUCCUUGGGGUUGAGCCGCCGCGGGGGAGGUAGCCGCAGCCUGGGCAGGAGUCGGCGCUGGGUGAGAAGUAGCGGGACUCGCCUGUCUGGGCCGGCUCGGGCCUGCGUGACGUCCUGCCAUUUUCCAAAAGAAGUAUCCUUGCGAGGAGGGACAUCUCGUCCUAACAGUUCAACUGUUGACCAUCUGAAAGCCCAGCCCAGAUGUCCUUGGCAUUCAGAGACGUGGCCAUCGACCUCUCCCAGGAGGAGUGGGAGUGCCUGGGCCCUGAACAGAGAGCCUUGUACAGGGAAGUGAUGUUGGAGAACUACAGCCACCUGGUCUCCCUGGGAUGUUCGAUUCCUAAGCCGGAGGUGAUUGCUUUACUGGAGCAAGAGAAAGCACCCUGGGUGGUAAGGAGCGAAGGGACAAGAAGUUGGUGCACAGGUUUGAGAUCUGUCCCCAAGAAGUUCUUUCCUGAAAAGGAUAUUUGUGAAAUCUACUUGUCUCAGUUGCAGACUGUGGAAAAAAGUAAAACCGGCCUCUAUGAGGACACUACUUUCAGAAAUGACGCGCGGUGCAAUCGUGAACUUGAGAGACGAGGACAGCGGAUGGGAGGCAUUAGCCCAACCACAAUCCCAAAACGCCUGGCUAUUCCUCUGCAUCAGGAAAUCCCUACCAGAGAGAAAGCCUAUGAAUGUAAGGAGUGUAGGAAGGCUUUUAGACAGCAGUCCUACCUCAUGCAACACAUGAGAAUCCACACUGGUGAGAGACCCUAUGUAUGUAAGGAGUGCGGGAAGGCCUUCUGUCGUGUGGGGGACCUCAGGGUGCACCGGACAAUUCAUGCCGGGGCGAGACCCUAUGAAUGUGGUGACUGUGGGAAGACCUUUAGACUCCAUUACCACCUCACUGAACACCAGAGAAUUCACACCGGCGAGAGGCCUUAUGAAUGUAAGAUUUGCGGAAAGACCUUUCGGGUGCAGCGACAUAUUAGUCAACACCAGAAAAUCCAUACAGGUGUGAAACCCUAUAAAUGCAGUGAAUGUGGAAAGGCCUUCAGCCACGGCUCAUACCUUGUUCAGCAUAAGAAAAUCCAUACUGGUGAGAAACCCUAUGAAUGCAAAGAAUGUGGGAAGGCCUUUCGCUUCCAAACAGAACUUACUCAGCACCACAGAUUUCAUACUGGCGAAAAGCCCUAUAAAUGUCAGGAAUGCGGGAAAGCCUUUAUUCGUAGCAGUCACCUUACUCAGCAUCAGAGGAUCCACACGGGUGAGAGGCCCUAUGAGUGUAAGGAGUGCGGAAAGGCCUUUGGCCGCCAUUACCAUCUCACUCAACACCACAGAACCCACACUGGGGAGAAGCCCUACGCGUGUCAUCAGUGUGGGGAUGCUUUCAUGUGUAGCUACCAGCUUACCUUGCAUCAGAGAACUCACACCGGUGAGAUCCUGUAUGAGUGUAAGGAGUGCGGGAAAGCCUUCAGCCGCCGGUACCAUCUCACUCAACAUUUUAGACUUCACACCGGCGAGAAGCCUUACGGGUGUAAAGAAUGUGGGAAGGCCUUUCGUCUUCAAGCAGAACUUGCUCGCCAUCACACAGUACACACGGGCGAGAAGCCCUACAAAUGUAAAGAAUGUGGGAAGGCCUUCAGUGUUAACGCAGAACUUACCCGCCAUUACAGAAUUCACACUGGUGAAAAACCCCAUAAAUGCAAAGAAUGUGGGAAAACCUUUAAUCGUAGGGAUCAACUAAAUUCACAUCAGAGAAAUCACCUUAGCGAGGAACCCUAUGCCUGUAAAGAGGCCUUACAGUAAAGGCCUUUCAUGACGGCAGAGAACUCCUAAGAUAUUUUUGCUUGUGAGGGAACAGGUGGGAACCUGCUUUGCAUCACACCUCUUUUGCUCAGAACUUAACAGAGAGAGUUUUUCAACUCUGUAUGUGGAGAGAGACACUAUCUCCUCUCCAGUGUUGCCUACACUUUAGCAGGGCUGCAGUGCACCUCAACACAAGAGGAAGGGCUCGCCCCCCACAAACUGCUGUUGUCCAGUAUUUUCAUAAAAUGAAAUACAACUGGGUUGCCAGAAUAUGAAAUGGAAAGGAAAACGCUUGACAAAAUCAAGUUCCCUUCUUUUCAUUACUGACUGUCAGAUGUAAAUAAGCCCCGUCAAACUGCAGUCAAGAUCUCUAAGCUCCAGCUCUCAGGGCUGGCAUUGACUCCAGGACUGAGUGUCGCAGAUAAAUUCCGUUCACACAGCGAACAGGGAGACUUUGGCCCCGGGACACCUCUGCUGCUGUUUUCAUGAGCUCCACCGAGGCCUGUGUGAUAUUUGGCAAAACCCUAUGUGCCUCAGUUUUUAAAUGGUGAUCGUAGUACCUAUUUAAUAGUAUUUUUGUGAGAAUGAAAUAAUAAAAACCACCUUUUGAAGCAUAUGUGCUUGGUAUUAUUUUUAUCAUUGCUGACACCAUCAGCAAAUGCAGGCGAGGGGC